AGCAAUCAUACAAACAAAAUUUCUAAGUCAUGUCAGUGGGCAUCUAGUAAAACUUCAGGCACACAUAUCGGUUAAGUCAAUCAGCUGAUGUUCUGCUCAAUGUUGUUAUUCAGCUGCGUUUGUGUACAGUGUAGAAAAAGAUUGCAUUUCGCGAUUAGAUGUUUUUCAACACUGCAAAGCAUCAAAACCCAAAGAAAAAUAUUCAUGCAACACGAAUAUAUAUAAUGGGAUUGGAUCAAUAAAUUGCGAACGGCUACCAUUAAAAUUAUCCACUAAUUGGAUUGUUAACAACAAACCAGCUGACGGGAAACGCACUGUGGCGGAAGUCAGAAAUAAACUGGCAGACGUGAGGAAACAAAUACACAAGCAAAACAAAAACAUCACAAUGAAGGCAACGGCAGCAAAAACGCGGCUAACAAGUCUCACCGAGGACAUCUCCAUAAUACCCGAGGAUGCGCCAUUUCGUGCCCGCCUGCACUUCCUGUUUGCCCAAAUCGAAAAGGAAUUUGAGCAGCUGUACUUGGAGAACCUUAAUCUCCAGGAUAAACUCGACAACGCCACCGCAAACACCAAAGAUUCGCUGACGCCGUACGAUCAACGUUCCGCAGCGGGUGGAGUCACCACUGGCUCGCUGGUCGCCACGGGUAGCGGUGGUGCCUCUUUGGCAGCUACGCCCGCCACACCUUCGGCUCCAUUGAGCGACGAAAUUGGCGCUAGCUUGCUGGCUGCCGCUUCCAGCACACACAAGAGUCUCAAAGCCAAGCUGAGCAGCGCCACCGGCGGCAGCAAGGUAAAGGCCAGUAAUAAAAUCAAAGCGCAGACCAGCCGUAUUGUGUCUAGUUUCAAGGCGCAGACGGUGGUCAGUUCAGUGGUGCGAGAAUUUGGUGGCCACAAGGAUGGCAUAUGGCAGGUUGCCGCAAAAGUGGGUCAGCCCAUUAUUGGCACAGCGUCAGCCGAUCACACCGCCUGCAUUUGGGGCAUAGAGAGUGCCCGUUGCUUGCUGCAGUACCAAGGACAUGCGGGAUCCGUCAACUCAAUUAAGUUCCAUCAGCAUCGAGAUCUGGUGUUAACAGGCAGUGGCGAUGGCACUGCGCACAUCUGGCAAGCAGCGGUCAACUGGGAAGUGCCCAAAAAGGGCCACUCGUCCGAGGAGGAGCUUGACGACAGUGAUGGCCAGCUGGAGGAUCGGGACCGAGUGGACACGUUGCGUACGCCGCUUUGCGAGUUCAGUGGACCUGGUGGCCAUCUGUCAGUUGUAGUCGCUGCAGAUUGGCUUUCGAGCAUGGACCAGAUUAUCACAGGCAGCUGGGAUCGCACUGCAAUAUUGUGGGACGUGGAGACGGCACAGCCGCUACAGCCACUAACUGGCCACGAUCAUGAGCUUACCCAUGUUUCGGCCCAUCCAACGCAGCGUCUGGUUGUGACCGCAUCACGUGACACCACCUUCCGUUUAUGGGACUUCCGCGAUCCGAUACCUGCAGUAUCCGUCUUCCAGGGACACACCGAGUCGGUCACAUCAAGCGUUUUUGCACGCGACGAUAAAGUCGUCUCGGGCUCAGAUGAUCGCACUAUCAAAGUAUGGGAGUUGCGCAAUAUGCGCUCAGCCCUGGCAACCAUACGAACAGAUUCAUCCGUAAAUCGCUUAGCUGUCUCCAGUGGCGGUAUUAUAGCUAUUCCCCACGACAACCGACAGAUUCGACUAUUUGAUUUGAAUGGGCAGCGUGUGGCGCGUUUACCGCGCACCAGUCGCCAGGGACAUCGUCGCAUGGUCUCGUCCGUCGCCUGGGCGGAGGAGCCGCUUCUCAAUUGUGAUUUGUUCUCCUGCGGCUUCGAUCGACGCGUAUUUGGCUGGUCCAUAGUGUUACCAAAGGAUAAUUGAAAAUUACUUAAACGUUGAGC